AUGAAGUUGGAUGUAUUGGUUAAUGAUCUAAGGUGUAAUGAAGUAUUUGGGACCGUAAGAGCAAUUGUAUACACAAUUGAAUUCCAAAACCGUGGAUUGCCUAAUGCUUAUAUUUUGCUCUUUUUGGACUCAAAGGACAAAAAUUUCGCCGGCGAUGACAUAAAUAAUAUCAUCUCUGCUGAAAUACCAAAUCAACAAACAUAUCCUAAAUACUACAAUACAGUAUGUGACUUUAUGAUUCAUGGACCAUGUGGUAUCGUGAGACCUAACUCUCCGUGCAUGUCUAACGGGCGUUGCUCUAAGAGUUUUCCAAAGAAGUUUGUAGAUGUUACAUCUGUUGGUGAAGAUGGGUAUCCGAUAUAUAGGCGUAGAGAUAACGGUAGGACAAUCACGAAGGCUGGUGUUGAACUUGACAACAGAUAUGUGGUUCAACACAACCGUUACCCCUUGCUUAAGUACGGUGCUCAUAUAAAUGUUGAGUGGUGUAACCAAUCUCAAUCUAUCAAAUAUCUAUUCAAGUACGUAAACAAAGGCAACGAUCGAGUUACAACUUCUUUUUAUCAAAGUGCUACAGAUAAACAAUCUGGGACAACUAUUGAUGAGGUCAAAAUGUAUUACGAUUGUAGAUAUGUAUCACCUUUCGAAGCUGCUUGGAGGAUAUUAGGUUUUGAAAUACAAUACAGAUGUCCUCCUGUAGAGCUCUUGAAUUUUCAUCUACCAAAUGAACAAAGCAUUUAUUUUGAUGAGGAUGCUCCAAUCGUUGUCAUUGUAGAACGACAUACGGUAAAACAUAGCAUGUUUCUGACUUGGCUUGAGGCCUAUAAAAAAUACCUUGAAGCAAAGCAACUAACUUAUGCAGAGAUGCCAACAAAGUUCUUUUGGAAACAAGCAACAAGGGAAUUUGUUCCAAGACAACGAGGAUUCUCAAUUAGUCGAGUUUUUUAUGUUCCUCCUGGAAGUGGUGAGAUGUACUAUUUGAGAUGUCUUUUGAAUGUAAUCCGAGUGUCUACGUGUUAUGAAGACUUAAGAACAAUCAAUGGGGUGUUGUAUGACAAUUACCGUGAUGCAUGUUAUGCACUUGGGCUAUUGGAAGACGAUAAAGAAUAUAUUGAUGGAAUUGUUGAAGCAAGUCAAUGGGCAACUGCAGGAGAGUUAAGAAAUUUAUUCACAACAUUGUUAUCCUCAAAUUGUUUAAGCCGUUCGGAAGUGGUUUGGGACAAAUGUUGGACAUAUAUGUCCGAUGAUAUUCUGUACAAACAACGUAACAUAUUGAACUUCCAAGGCUAUCCUUGA